UCAUUUGGCACGCGCGUAACAUCAGUUUUUAUUCAUGGCAAUGGCAUAAAAAUAAUUGACAACCUUGCCUUGAGAAUUGUGCGUCAUCUGAAACGCCACUAGACUGGCAGAUAUUCUAGCUCGGACGGUAUCAAAUUGGACCGUUAGACGCAUAUGGCGUUAACAAAUUCAUUAGCCAAUCAAUCUGUAGCGCACAGUGGUUCAACCGGAAUGACCGCUGGGUUCUAGGCGACUAACCAAUCAAAGACCUUCUUAAGUGUUGGGCGAGAUGCGCGUAUUUACAGUCUUCUAAUAGCGUUGGCAUAAAACUAGUGUUGGACAAGUCGUGUAUGUAUCAGAAGGGCGAUGCCAGGGAUAACCAGGUAUAAUUUAGUGGAUGAUGCACAGGAUUUGAGGAUCCCAAUGCACAACGAGGCGGCAUUUCAGCAUGGGGUCUGCUUCGAGGCAAAGUACAUUGGCAGUCUGGAAGUGGGUCGUCCGAACAGCCGAAUGGAGAUAGUGGCUGCAAUGAGAAGGAUACGGUAUGAAUUCAAAUUGAAGAACAUGAAGAAGAAGAAGGUCAACAUCAUUGUGUCUGCCGAUGGUGUAAGGGUGGUUUUGAGAAAAAAGAAAAAGAGGAAAGAGUGUUCAUGGGAUGACAACACAGUCAUGAUAACACAAGACCCCAUCUAUAGGAUUUUCUAUGUGUCACAUGACGCCCAGGAAUUGAAGAUCUUCAGUUACAUUGCGAGAGAUGGACAGAGCAACAUGUUCCGUUGUAAUGUCUUCAAAUCCAAGAGGAAGUCCCAGGCCAUGCGCAUUGUGCGGACAGUGGGCCAGGCCUUUGACGUGUGCCACCAGCUGACCCUGCAGCAGACAGGGGAGCAGAGCUCUGAGGAUGGACUGGACACCAAUGCUACCGAUGCAGAUGGGGAAGAUGCUGUGCCAGCCAAGACGAGGUUGGCAUUGUCUGAUUCGACUGACCUUGAAGCCACCACAGAGGAGAGCAUUGACUGUUUGUCAUCUGACCUGGACAAGACCAAAAGACAGGACCCUCUUAGUAAAGAUGGGAAGGACCCAGCCCUGCAGCUGACCUCCCCCACAACGGGGCCAUCCGUGUCGGACCUGUUGGCUGUGAACUCCCCCCGCUCAGUGGAGCACCAGGUGCAGCUGCUCCAGAGGCUGCUCCAGCAGCAGGAGCAGCAGGCCCAGGCUGCUGCAGCACAGACGUGUGUGCUCCAGGACCAGCUGUCAGUAGAGGUGCGUGCAAGGACAGACGCCCAGGCCCGUGUCCAGAGACUCCUGCUGCAGAACACUGACCUGCUGCAGCACAUCUCCCUACUGGUCAAACAGAUCCAGGAGCUGGAGCUCAAGGCUGCUGGAGGACUCAGCUCCAUGGGCUCCCAGGACAGUUUGCUGGAGAUCACCUUCCGUGCCAAGCCCCCCCUGCGUGACGCCCCCACCAUCCCCACCUCCAUGGGCCCCCAGCAGGGUCAGCCCCAGAUCAACAAUGGCCCAUGGGCCUCCACCCUAACAGGGUCCUCUCCACCAGGGACCAGGGCCCCGGAGAGCCUCUCUCUGGGGCCUGGCGGCAGUGCCGUGAGGCUGGAGUGCUUCCGCUUCCCCCGCCGCAGGGGGGAGGAGCCCCACCAGAACCAAGACCAGGAGGGGGAGAGUCCGAGCUCAGGCGGCCCAGACGGGGACUCCCCUGUGGGUGGAGAGGAGGUCCUUGGAGCCCUGGAGCUCCUCCGGUUCCGGGAGUCGGGGAUCGGUUCGGAAUACGAGUCCAACACGGACGAGAGCAGUGACAGGGACAGCUGGGGGCAGGGAGAGGGGGCGGGGCCUGAGGGCACGGCACGCCUCUUCAACGUGCUGAACGCAGAGAGCCCUUCAGACUGUCUGGAUGAUGAGAUGGCUGUGUAGCCCUCCACAGCUCUGCUUCACUCAGUCAUAGCAUAUACAGUAGUGCUAUAGUGUUGUUGACAGUUCUCCUCCCUACAAACUCAGCUCACAGUACUUUUGUUUGAUAUUUGUUAAUAUUUAUUAGAUAUUUGUGUAUAUUUAUUUGAUAUUUGUUUAUAUUUAUUAGAUAUGUGUUUAUAUUUAUUUGAUAUUUGUUUAUAUUUGUUAUACUUGCUAAAUAUCUUUUUUUUUUUGCAUUGUUUACAUAUGUUGGAUAUUUUAUUAUUUGUUUAUUUAUUUUUUACCGUUUGUGUUUAUAGUUGGUCAUAUUUGUUUAUAUUUGAUGCAGUAGUUUACAUGUGUUUGUUGCAUUUGUUUAUAUAUUUUCAUAUAUUUUGUCUCAGCACUUGACUUUCUGCUGCUGUUUCUACUCCCCUGGGCUUAUUGCAGUGUAGUUGUAGUCUGUGUCAGAGCCAUCUAAAUAUAUGACUCUGGUCUGUAUCAUAUAUCUAAAUAUAUGACUCUGGUCUGUAUCAUAUAUCUAAAUAUAUGACUCUGGUCUGUAUCAUAUAUCUAAAUAUAUGACUCUGGUCUGUGUCAUAUAUCUAAAUAUAUGACUCUGGUCUGUAUCAUAUAUCUAAAUAUAUGACUCUGGUCUGUAUCAUAUAUCUAAAUAUAUGACUCUGGUCUGUGUCAUAUAUCUAAAUAUAUGACUCUGGUCUGUAUCAUAUAUCUAAAUAUGUGACUCUGGUCUGUGUCAUAUAUCUAAAUAUAUGACUCUGGUCUGUAUCAUAUAUCUAAAUAUAUGACUCUGGUCUGUAUCAUAUAUCUAAAUAUAUGACUCUGGUCUGUAUCAUAUAUCUAAAUAUAUGACUCUGGUCUGUGUCAUAUAUCUAAAUAUAUGACUCUGGUCUGUAUCAUAUAUCUAAAUAUAUGACUCUGGUCUGUAUCAUAUAUCUAAAUAUAUGACUCUGGUCUGUAUCAUAUAUCUAAAUAUAUGACUCUGGUCUGUAUCAUAUAUCUAAAUAUAUGACUCUGGUCUGUAUCAUAUAUCUAAAUAUGUGACUCUGGUCUGUGUCAUAUAUCUAAAUAUAUGACUCUGGUCUGUAUCAUAUAUCUAAAUAUAUGACUCUGGUCUGUAUCAUAUAUCUAAAUAUAUGACUCUGGUCUGUGUUAUUGGACCAUUGUGUAACAGUGAAACACACCCAGCCAGCAUGGCCAGUCAUCAGUCUUGGUGGGUUUUUUAUUGAAAGACUUUAAAUGGGUUAAAAAGGAUUAAACUAGACUUGAUAUUGUUUUGAACUGUGAACUGCAAACGCCUGCUGUACUAAGACUGUGUUACAGUACAUUUGACUAGAUCUCAUUUGCAAUGGACAAGUGAUUCAAAACAGUUUAUAUUCAAGUUUUUAUCCGCCACAUUGCAACAUACAAUAUAUCCUUUUCCCCUAAACUAUGGUACGAUUAACUUUUGUGCCAACUGAAUAUCAUACAGCACAACCAAAAUGUUAUUAACCAUAAAGUCAACCGCUCAACUCACCAUCGCUACACUGUUUUCCAUCUCUCCCAAGAUAGGAUUUAGAUUGACUUUGGAGCCAAUAAUCUAUCACUACUCUGUAGAGGAGAGGUUUUGAGCCAAUAAUCUAUCACUACUCUGUAGAGGAGAGGUUUUGAGCCAAUAAUCUAUCACUACUCUGUAGAGGAGAGGUUUUGAGCCAAUAAUCUAUCACUACUCUGUAGAGGAGAGGUUUUGAGCCAAUAAUUUAUCACUACUCUGUAGAGGAAAGGUUUUGAGCCAAUAAUCUAUCACUACUCUGUAGAGGAAAGGUUUUGAGCCAAUAAUCUAUCACUACUCUGUAGAGGAGAGGUUUUGAGCCAAUAAUCUAUCACUACUCUGUAGAGGAAAGGUUUUGAGCCAAUAAUCUAUCACUACUCUGUAGAGGAGAGGUUUUGAGCCAAUAAUCUAUCACUACUCUGUAGAGGAGAGGUUUUGAGCCAAUAAUCUAUCACUACUCUGUAGAGGAGAGGUUUUAGGCCAAUAAUCUAUCACUACUCUCUGUAGAGGAGAGGUUUUGAGCCAAUAAUCUAUCACUACUCUGUAGAGGAAAGGUUUUGAGCCAAUAAUCUAUCACUACUCUGUAGAGGAGAGGUUUUGAGCCAAUAAUCUAUCACUACUCUGUAGAGGAGAGGUUUUGAGCCAAUAAUCUAUCACUACUCUGUAGAGGAGAGGUUUUGAGCCAAUAAUCUAUCACUACUCUGUAGAGGAGAGAUUUUGAGCCAAUAAUCUAUCACUACUCUGUAGAGGAGAGGUUUUGAGCCAAUAAUCUAUCACUACUCUGUAGAGGAGAGGUUUUGAGCCAAUGAUCUAUCACUACUCUGUAGAGGAGAGGUUUUAGGCCAAUAAUCUAUCACUACUCUGUAGAGGAGAGGUUUUAGGCCAAUAAUCUAUCACUACUCUGUAGAGGAGAGGUUUUGAGCCAAUAAUCUAUCACUACUCUCUGUAGAGGAGAGGUUUUGAGCCAAUAAUCUAUCACUACUCUCUGUAGAGGAGAGGUUUUAGGCCAAUAAUCUAUCACUACUCUGUAGAGGAGAGGUUUUAGGCCAAUAAUCUAUCACUACUCUGUAGAGGAGAGGUUUUAGGCCAAUAAUCUAUCACUACUCUGUAGAGGAGAGGUUUUAGGCCAAUAAUCUAUCACUACUCUCUGUAGAGGAGAGGUUUUAGGCCAAUAAUCUAUCACUACUCUGUAGAGGAGAGGUUUUAGGCCAAUAAUCUAUCACUACUCUGUAGAGGAGAGGUUUUAGGCCAAUAAUCUAUCACUACUCUGUAGAGGAGAGGUUUUAGGCCAAUAAUCUAUCACUACUCUCUGUAGAGGAGAGGUUUUAGGCCAAUAAUCUACCACUACUCUCUGUAGAGGAGAGGUUUUAGGCCAAUAAUCUAUCACUACUCUGUAGAGGAGAGGUUUUAGGCCAAUUGAAUAUCAUGCUGUCAAAAUGUUAUUACGCCUAUUUCUACAGUAGCUCAACAUAGCUAUUUUCUCUCUCUCCCAAGGCGAGGCAUGUUAGGAUUCACUAUUUCAAUAUUUCACUAGUCUUAAGAUGUUUACUGACUAUCGUCCCCGAAUUGUUUGCAGCGAAGAGGUGUGUUGCAAAAACAGCAUCAUAUUUAGCAGGUGCUACUCUCUGCAACACGGCUGUCACUAUUCCCUCGUGUCAAUGUACUGCACCACAACAGCCGUUUCAUAUUGUAAUGGCCCAGCUGUCAAACAGCAGGACUUUUUGACUCGGCGCCAAGCCUCUGACUCAAUGUAUUGGUGGGCCGUGUCUUUGGGCACUCUCCAAAUCGAUAAAUCUCUCUCUCUCUCCUACUCUCUUACUUUUUUGUGCAUGUUUUACUCUCUCUCGCUCUCCCCCCCACACACAUACACACACACACUCUUUAUAUUUCUCUGGUGCUCUCUCUACUUGUCUUUUACUCUCUCCC